AUGCCCAAAAUUUCCAAGAAGCAGCAGCGAAAGUACAGAGCCUUGUCACCAUAUCAUGUUAUUUGCACCUUGCAAAUCGUCGGAUCUCCAAAAACGAACAACUUCGGAGAUGAUGAUGCCUUAAUGAGAUUCGCUCCUCACAGAGAGGAUGAAUGGAAGAAAAUGUUGACCAGUAUUCCACAUCAACUGCGGCCUCGAUUCGACCAAUGGUUACGAAUAGUAGUGAAAGAGGCAAUUGAAUUGUCACAUAAAAACCAGGAUCCAACUAGCAUGCAAAGGGAAGACAAAUCUGAAUCAAGAAGCUUAGAAUUAAGGUUCUCAAACAGCAUCAUUCCCACUUUAUUCACUGGCGACCACAUACAAGCAAUCGGAGGUGUCCCUUUGGGAGUAACUUUAGUUGAAAGUCGAACCAAGGAAGCAGUGAAGACAGGGCCUGAAGCCUCAGGAAAAGUUGAAAUAAUAGUUCUUGAAGCAGAGGUUGAUGAUGUCACAGGAGAAGAUGUGAGAAAUAACAGCAUACUUGUUAGGCAUAUCGAAGGAAGUAGAUCUAUUCGUGUGGAAAAUAUAUUCCUGAAUCUAAUUCAAGGCACUGCUAUUUUGCCCAUGGUUUCUUUCGCAUGUAAUCGCAAGUGGAUGAAGAAUUCCAAACUUAGACUGGGAGCAAAGUUUGUGAAUAAUUGCAAUGGUGUUCGAGUCAAAGAAGCAAAGUCAGGGUCCUUUCUUCUCAAAGAUCGUCGCACUAAAGCAUGCACGAAGCAUUAUAUCCCAUCUCUACAUGAUAAGAUAUGGCGAUUACGUAAGGUUGAUAGACACGGUUGUUUGGCUAAAAAUAUGGAACAGGCAGAAGUUAUAACUGUGGGAGAUUUUCUUGUUCAUUUAUUUCGACAAACUCAACAUCUCAAGGAGAUAUUUGAUCAUUCAAAUCACGCAAAAAGUUGGACGAUUACAGUGGAGCAUGCUCGAGAAUGUCCUGCUAAACUGCAGUACUGUUCUAGUUUUGACCCAAAAACUAGGGUUUUCUUCAAUGUCUCUGGUGAAGUGUUGGGAUUAUUCCAGGACAAGAGUUUUCUUUCUAGUGAUAAACUCACACAGAACCAAAAGGCAUUAGCCAAGAAUUUGGUAAUUUCAGCAUUUGAGAACUGGGGGGAUGUAAUCGAUGUUGAGCAGGAGGGAAAAUUUGUUCCAAAAACUGAACCUGUUACUCUCCGCACCUUUGGCAAGAACAUAUUCCUGGAUGAUCUUGACUUAAACAUUGAUGAAACUUGUUUAUUUGGUAACAUGGUAUCUGAUGGGAAAUGUCCAGACCUAGAAUUACUACCUGAAUCUUUAAGGAGAAAGUCUAAUGAGAUCUAUAAUGGGUUUGAGAGCCUUUGCAUUUCCAAUCGGAGUAAACUAGAGGGUGAUCAGAGAAAUAGAUUGUGUAAUAGAUUGAAGAUCCUGUUUUGUGUUGUAACCUUCAAAAUAAGAUCCUUCCCUGAAAACGGUUUAGAUGAUAUUCAUGCUCAUAAGAAACCAAGAUUGUCAUAG